AUGCCCAGUUCAGACCUCACGCCGGCGAGACCUCCGCCAGAUGGACUGGGAUCCAACUUCGUGAACCCGACUAGCUGCGGUACCAAGUUUAUUGUCGUCAAUUGCAUUUUCCUGCCAAUUGCCUUUAUUUCUAUAGUAAUUCGCGUGUGGACUCGCAUGUUCAUCACUCGUGAGUUUCGCUUGCGUCGGGAUGAUGUUCUCAUGAUCGCCGCAUUUGUCCUCUCGAGCGCGUUGAGUGCUGUUACACUAAGGAUGGUUAAAUUGGGAAUGGGGCGUCACAUGUGGGAUGUCCUCAUGAGCAAUUACUCGCCAACACUUCUCCAGCUCAACCUCUCUGCUGCAAUCUUCUACAACGCUGGGACUGGGUUUCUCAAGGUCUCCGUGUUGCUUUUCUACAUCCGUAUUUUUCCGAGCCGCAAUUUCCAUAUUGCUGCCUGGGUACUUAUUUUUAUUGCUGCGGGAUACAAUAUCGCAGGCGUGCUGGCCAACAUAUUCAGCUGUAACCCUAUUGCCAAAACCUGGGACGUGCGCAUCGUCCACGGCACAUGCAUCAAUAGACCGGUCUUUUACUUUGUCAACGCUUGUCUAGGAAUUUUAACCGACUUCGCGACUGUCCUUAUUCCAGUACCAUGGAUACGGCGGCUGCAGCUGCCUCCACGGCAGAAGGUUCUUGUUCUCUGUAUUUUAGCUAUGGGGUGCUUCGUCGGUAUUGUCAGCUGUAUUCGCCUCUACAGUCUAUAUACGUUUUUGAGGAACGAUGAUUUGACCUGGACUUCUGUCGACGCUUUAAUAUGGUGCCUUGUUGAACUUGACCUAGGAAUAGCAGGAGGCUGUGUGACAGCUAUGCGACCGUUCGCUCGAAAGUAUUUCCCCCGACUGCUGGGUCUGUCGCCACACGGUACCAGCGGUGACGACCAUCCUUUGCCAUCCGACCAGAAUUUAUAUCCCCUGUACUCGGUUACACGUACUGGUCGAGCAAGACUGUCGUCCCUGAAUUACCACCUCUCUCCUAAAUGGGGGCCAAAGGGAGACAAUUUGAGUCAGGAACAGAUUCUUCCACCGGCAGCGGAGUAG